AUGGUUGAAGGCCUGCAGGUCACAGUGCCUGACAAGAAGAAGGUGGCCAUGCUCUUCCAGCCCACUGUGCUCCGCUGCCACUUCUCCACAUCCUCCCAUCAGCCUGCAGUGGUGCAGUGGAAGUUCAAGUCCUACUGCCAGGACCGCAUGGGGGAGUCCUUGGGCAUGUCCUCUCCCAGGGCCCAAGCUCUCAGCAAGAGGAACCUAGAAUGGGACCCCUACUUGGACUGUCUAGACAGCAGGAGGACCGUUCGAGUAGUAGCUUCAAAGCAGGGCUCGACCGUUACCCUGGGAGACUUCUACAGGGGCAGAGAGAUCACCAUAGUUCAUGAUGCAGAUCUUCAGAUCGGAAAGCUCAUGUGGGGAGACAGCGGACUCUAUUACUGCAUCAUCACCACCCCGGAUGACCUGGAAGGCAAAAAUGAGGACUCCGUGGAACUGCUGGUGUUGGGCAGGACAGGGCUGCUUGCUGAUCUCUUGCCCAGUUUUGCUGUGGAGAUCAUGCCAGAGUGGGUGUUUGUCGGCCUGGUGAUCCUGGGGAUCUUCCUCUUCUUCGUGCUGGUGGGGAUCUGCUGGUGCCAGUGCUGUCCUCACAGCUGCUGCUGCUAUGUCCGCUGCCCAUGCUGCCCGGAUACCUGCUGCUGCCCUCAGGCCUUGUAUGAAGCAGGGAAAGCAGCCAAGGCCGGGUACCCUCCCUCUGUCUCCGGUGUCCCAGGCCCCUACUCCAUCCCCUCUGUCCCUUUGGGAGGAGCCCCCUCUUCUGGCAUGCUGAUGGACAAGCCGCAUCCACCUCCCUUGGCACCAAGUGACUCCACUGGAGGAAGCCACAGUGUUCGCAAAGGUUACCGGAUCCAAGCCGACAAAGAGCGAGACUCCAUGAAGGUCCUGUACUAUGUCGAGAAGGAGCUGGCUCAGUUCGAUCCAGCCAGAAGGAUGAGAGGCAGAUAUAACAACACCAUCUCAGAACUCAGCUCCCUGCAUGACGAUGACAACAAUUUCCGCCAAUCCUUCCACCAGAUGCGGAGCAAGCAGUUCCCUAUGUCUGGAGACUUGGAGAGCAACCCUGACUACUGGUCAGGUGUCAUGGGAGGCAACAGUGGGAACAACCGGGGGCCAGCCCUGGAGUAUAACAAAGAGGACCGUGAGAGCUUCAGACACAGCCAGCCGCGCUCCAAAUCCGAGAUGCUGUCGCGGAAGAACUUCGCCACGGGCGUGCCGGCCGUGUCGAUGGACGAGCUGGCGGCCUUCGCGGACUCCUACGGCCAGCGGUCGCGACGCGCCAACGGCAACAGCCACGAGGCGCGGGCCGGGAGCCGCUUCGAGCGCUCGGAGUCGCGGGCCCACGGCUCCUUCUACCAGGACGGCUCGUUGGACGAGUACUACGGGCGCGGCCGCAGCCGCGAGCCGCCGCCGGGAGACGGGGACCGCGGCUGGCCUUACAGUCCCGCGCGUCGCCGGCCGCCCGAGGAGGCUCCGCUGCCGCGCCUGGUGAGCCGGACCCCGGGCACGGCGCCCAAGUACGACCACUCGUACCUGAGCAGCGUGCUGGAGCGCCAGGGGCGAGCCGAGAGCACCAGCCGCGGUGGCAGCCUGGAGACGCCGUCCAAGCUGGGUGCGCAGCUCGGCCCGCGCAGCGCCUCCUACUACGCCUGGUCGCCGCCCGCCACUUACAAGGCCGGGGCCAGCGAGGGCGAAGACGAGGACGACGACGCGGCGGACGAGGACGCGCUGCCACCCUACAGCGAGCUGGAGCUGAGCCGGGCCCCGUCCUACCGCGGCCGCGACCUGCCCUUCCACAGCAACUCGGAGAAGAGGAGGAAAAAGGAGCCCGCCAAGAAAACUAGUGACUUUCCAACCAGAAUGUCCCUUGUGGUCUGACAGUUUCAAGACACAACUCCGGAUCACUAGAAAUCAGAUACAGACUACGAGAUGAGACACAAAUCUGAGAGUCAGCAAGCCUAGGACCUUCUCUGGCCAGCAACCACCUUGGAAGAUUUGUUGAUCUCUGCUUUGGCGACAGAUAGGAGGCAUCCUUUAAGGAGGCUGAUUUCAAACCCUGGUGCCCAAUCUACCUUGAGAAACUUACCAAGAAGACAAUGAUGUGUGAGAACGUACCACAUAAUAACCCACAGGGUCUAUCUUGCCCCACCCACAUUUCCUUAGCAGAAUCAAGACUCUGUGUCCAGUUCUGAAACAGGUAGCUUUGGACCCCUGACCUCUAGAAAUUACCUAUGCUUGCGGUAUGUUUUUCUACAAGUGCUGUUCUGUGCUUAGAGACAGAAGAAUUUGUUACUACCAUUAGAAGACCUUCUGCUCACAAGAGAGAGAACUUCAAGGUAAAACGUACCUUUUUAUCCCCAUCACUUGCAGUCAUUGGUCAAAGAGUCUUGUUAUGCUAAAAUCAGAAGGCCUUUGUUGAGCUUAAUGGCGGUGACCUCCUGGGCAAUCACAGAAAUGGCUUCCAUUUGCUGCUCUGACUCACAGUUCUUAAGUGGCUAGGCAAACAGGAUAGCAUUUUGAAAAGCUGCCUAAGUGGUCUUUCUUUUUCCAUUCGGGGGACGUAAGGUGCGUCUCAUCUUUCUGUUGUGCAGAGUGACAUCCAAGCCUUGAACUCCUGAGUCUCUCUCUCUUCCUCUCCUCUCCUGAACUUUUCAGGGAGGGGCUGGUGCGUCUGAGGGUGACCCACUCCACUCUGCAGUGUGACUAACUUGUCAUCAGGUGCCUUUGACAGAUGUUCCAAACACACACGUGAAAGAGGACGAGAAAAGGAGAAAGCAGUGAUACCAGAGGAGACAUGGGGAAGAAUUUAAGAGGAAAAUAAUAUGCCGUCUCGUUGGAUCUUGAAUGUGGGUUGUUUUCCCACAAACACACUCAGAUUUUUUUAAAUUGGAUCUGUACUUCAUUUAAGGAUUAUUUCUACCAUACCGAUUCUGCCACUGCAGGGCACCAGGGAUGUGGUGUCCACCCCUCUUGGCCUCCCUGACCUGCCACUGUAGAUGCUUUGGAGAGAAGAAAGGCACCACUUUCUCAGCAAGAAGCACUUCCUCUUCCUACCCUUGCAAAAAUAAUUGGUUUUGCCUAAGUCCCAAAUUGAGAAGGUCCUGGACUUUGGAAUGUUCAUAAACUGCCGAAGUGGCCAUGAGCUCUCCCCUUCUCAUUAUUCCUGUGCAUGGAGUUCGUCCUCUCUUGCUGCUCUCGGACCCUGUCAAAUGUACCUGAACUAUCUAUCUAUCCUCUAUGGUGAGAGAAGAGCCUGGUCACUAUUGUCAUUGUGUGUGACAGUUUUAUCAACUCAGCAGACUCAGAAGAGCAUCUAGCCACGACCAACAAAAGAACUGCCUAGCUGAGCCGAGUCCAAACUGGGGAUUCCCACUUGAGAGGAGAAGUUUGGUACUCCUAUGUGUUCAUUUAUCAUCAAGGAUAAACCUCUCGCAUGUCAGAA